AUGGUCCUGGGGGAAAUGAUCGGGGUAAAAGGUGAUACAAUAGCAGACACGGGUCGCGCUAAAUCUCCGGUCCAUAGUAAUGACGCGAGUUGGUUGAAGCCAAGUUAUUGCAGCACGGUUCCAGAUCCUUCACCCUGGCGGGGUACACCCGGCACGCAGUGUACGCGGGCGGCGCAAGCACAUAUCAUGCGCGCUCGCCCGCCGUACCGCUUAACGCAAGUAAGUGAACCUAGAUAUCAAACGGCUAAGCGCGAGUCGGUUUCGCGCAAAUCUCCCGUAUAUAAGAACUGUCGUGUACAGUCCAACAACAGCUGA